GUAUACAUACAAACGUACACACAUAUGUAAGGUAUAUGUACAUAUUUAUACAUUUGCAUGUUUCCACUUAUUCGCAUGUUCUUGCUUUUUCUUCAAUUUUCCACUUUGCUUUUUCCUCCACAGUUAAUUUACCCACUUGAAAAUUUUUAAAAAAAUUGCAAAAAUAAUGUUUACAUGCUUAUUCAUUUACCCAAACGUAUACACUUACUCGUCAGUGGCAUUCCCCGUCAGUUAGCAGAAAUUAUGUGACCUAGCAAAUUGCCUAAAAUUGUUCUUAAAAAAAAAUUCAUAUGUAUAUUAAAAUUUAUAUGAGGACAUUUAGAAACAAUCUACAUGUUUUGAUAGCAUAUUAUUAAAAACGUAAUUUGUCGGAAAAUGUAGCAAGUAUACCUUUUUUUGUUCAUUAUGAUGAGAGCCAUUUGCGCAUUUCGCGUCGUUUCAUUGUAAUUUCAUUUUCCCUUGUCGUUUAUCGUUACUAGUACGAUUUUUUUCUGUCUUGAGCAGCUAAUUAGUUCGUCCAUUUUGUCUGUCUUGUUCGGCUAAUUAGCAUGUUCUUUUGUUUGUCUUGUUUGGAUAAUUGUUUCCCUUUUUUGCCUGACCUGUUCGGGUGACUAGUUUGCAUUUUUUGCCUGACCAGUUCGGGCGAUUAAUUGGUAUUUUUUUGCCUGACCCGUUCAGGCAAUAGGUUAAAUUGGCUAAUUUUUUUUUUUUCUUUUUCUCUUUCUUUUUUGGCUUGUCCAUCUCGCGGCACGCCUUCUCUAAUCAAAGACCGCACUGCGAAAUUUCAAAAAAUGAAGAUGUCAGUAACCCUCCGUCAACAUUUUUGGAAGACGAAGCUGUGCCCCCUUCAUAUGGAAAACAGGUGUAAGGAAGGAAGUAACUGUGACUAUGCUCAUUCGAUUGAAGAUUUGCGAUCAAUUCCGGAUUUGAAAAGAACCAAGUUAUGUUACAAACUGCUAAAAGGAGAAAAAUGUUUUAAUAAAAAGUGUAAUUAUGCCCAUAACCAGGAGGAAUUAAAAUCUGCGCAGAAUUUAUUUGCGUACAAAUCUUCCAUGUGCAAGUUCGUUGCAAAUAAGACUUGCUUGAACGGAUCAACGUGUCGUUUUGCCCACACCAUUGAUGAAUUGAGGGUGCCAAGGAUACCAGAAAUUUUGCUAGAGAAAACAAAUGUGGAGGGAGAGGAAGGGGUGGACGGAGUAGACGGAGAAAUCGGCCUCGUGCUGUUCGAUAGUGGAGGAAAUAUCAUAUGUGAAGCGAGCGGUGAUGCGAACUGCACAGGGAAUGGCAAUGCGGGGGGUGGCGGCAAGGAAAGUUUGCUAAACGACAUGGCAAAUAACUUGACUAACAGCCUGGCAAAAAGCUUCAACAAAAGUGGCAACAGAAAUGGUAACAGAAAUGGCAACAGGAACGGCAACAGGAACGGCAACAGGAAUGGCCACAGGAAUGGCCUCCAGAGUGGCAACAAAAACUUCGCCCAAAGCUUCGACCUGAUGCUGAACAACUUCAACUCGAUGCACAUAACGCAGAACGAACACAGGCACAACAACACUAAUGGCGGCUUUGGCCCGAACAGAAACAACGGAGCAAAUCAUCCCAGAGAGGAGAGGAAAAGACGCGAUAGAAACAGAAACAGGAAUAAAGAAAAACAGUUAAAGUUAAAAGUGAAGAAUUCAAAUUAUGUAAAAAAUUACGAACAGGACAGUGCCAACAAUAAGGAAGCGGUGAUGAAUAGCUUUGCUUCGUCUUGCAAUAAAAAACAGUAUGCCGAGGAGAGGGACAAAUUUUACGACAGCAACACAACGAUAUCGUCCAGUUUGAACUGCGCAGAGGAGGGAAAGAAUGACCGCGUGAAUGCUGAGGCCUACGUGAGUAACACGUUUGAGAAGGUUGGCAUGAAUGAGUGCUAUGUGAAAACGGAGGAGAGCAUCGUGGGGGGCUCCGGCGGGGAAGCCGAGAAGGGCGAGGAGGGGGCUGCCAUCGGAAGCGAGAUCAGAAGCGCAGUCGACAGUGUAGUGGAUGGUACAGUCGAAGUUGCAGUCCAAGGUGCAGACGGACGAGCAGACGGAACAGCAGAGGGCGACGCGGAGCAAGGCGGAGAGCCCAGCACGGAACCCCCCGCUGAACCGCGCGACGACAAAAGCAAAGUUAAAAGGAGAAAUGACCCCAAGAGUUACCCUCUGCAGAAAAAUUCCCCUAAGAGUCACUCUGUGCAGAAAAAUUCCCCCAGGAGUCACCCUCUGCAGAAAACCCCCCCCAAAAGCGACAUCGCCAGGGGCGGCGCAGAACACCAGACCAACAACCAGCACCUAAUGAAUGGCCAAACGAAUGAAGCAAAUUAUAUCAACUACAACUACGAUUAUAGCAAUUAUGUAAACCCGGUCGUUUAUAACAAAAUGAUGCAAAUGAAGUACAACGCAUAUAACCCCUAUUUUAAUUAUAACCAGGCAAAUAAUAAUGCAUGCAAAUAUGACGCUGGUGCCAUGUCUAGUCCUUACCCACCUUUUCCCAAGCAGAACGAAUUCUUUAUGUACGAUCAUCAAAAUAAUGUGCCGCAUAUGACACCAAAUUAUUAUGGCAAUUGUUUAUAUUUUUACGCAAAUCCUUAUAGUUAUGGGCAGUGUGCUAUGGUGAAUAAGAUGAAGGAUGGCGAUAACGGGGCUCGGGAAAGUUUCAGCUGCAGAGCGGAUCAGGCGAAGGGCGACGUUAAGAGGAGAGGAGAACUACUGGCAUUUAACGAGGGUGAUGGCAGCCAUGUUAAUGCGAAGAUCCAGGGGGGGCAAACCCCAUCGGAGGAGUUAACCCCAACGGAGGAGCUAACCCCAGCGAAGGAGCCAACCCCAACGGAGGACGUUCCAAACGUGGAGGAGUCCCUAAAUGACAGGCAGAAGGCCGAACACGAGGCGAGCAGCGACGGCGGGGAAGAAGCUUCAGAUGAAGCAGAUUUGCUGAACGGACAGCAGGAAGGAACCACCGAUGGGGAAAAUACACAGGCGGGCGGAAGCAAGCUCGGGAAAAUAACAAAGCAUAAGGGACACACACAGCAGUGCAGCGUUACAGAAUUGAAAGAAAAAAGCCAGCGCGGAGAGGCACAUACGAACAUGCGCAUACAAAAUGAGUGUAGUAAAAAAAACAACGACUCCUUGGUGGGAACAAACGAAUGGAACAAGUGUCCAAGUGGGAACUUCACAGAAGAACGAAUGAAGCAGGCAAAGGGGAACACCAAGCAGAAGAAAAAAAAAUUGGCCAAGUUGCUUUCGCUGAGCGGUGCAAACAAGAGUUGCAGCAGAGAUGUAUGCGCAAGUAAUGAGAACACCGUUGGGGGAAACGCAAAGAGAAGCAACACUCACAUGGACAGCGGGAUGUAUGGCAGCAGUGGAAACCUUGGGAAUGCCCCCAAUGCUAUCAAAUAUCCUAAAAAUGCACAGCUUCAAUAUAAUGGUCAGGUGAAUCCCUCCUCCGUGUACAGCUACAUAUUACAUGCAAACAAUGCAGAGAGCGCAAACUGCGAGAAGAGGUUUAUGAAGGCGCCUCCAAAUGACAUGGACCUGUAUAUGAGCAACCACUACCACAUGAACCAGCUGGCCAACGAGCAGAUGAUGUUCAAUUUAAGCGGCCGGAACUAUGGUUACUACUACUGCCCCUACGCGCCCCCCUCGGCGGCCUACACGGAUGAGGUUUACCUGAACUAG